AUGAAUUAUAAAGAUUAUGUCUUGGUAGAAUUAGCUUGCCCAACACGUCAGAACAACAAAAAAAAUUACACAAUUUCAUGGUCCGUGUGUGCUGAACAAAUUCGAUGUACAAUGGACAAUGAUCAAACUUUAAAAAAGAUUUCUCCUUCUUUUCGAUACUCAACAACCGUCUCAAUAGAACUUCAAGGCUAG